AAAAAAAUUAUAUAAAAUUACAUUAACAUUUUUUCAAAAUUUUGUAAAGGUUUUUUCUUUCGUGUGGUAAUAGUAUUUUUCAGUCAUGGAAUACGGUAACGGAAACGGUCAGUAUCAAUCUAUGGAGGGUUAUGGUAUGUCCGCUCCUGACGGACAGUGCCCAGAGAUAGGUCAAGAUUACGAUCAGUCCCGUUGCUAUGGCAAUGGAUCGCAGUCCUAUGAUGACUCCAGGAACUAUCAAAGUGGUUCCGCAUCCUUUGGGGGUCCUGGCUAUCGCAGCCCACUGCGUUACAAUAAAGUCAUGCGGGAGAUGAACUCUCGCAACGGUCUAUACUCGCCAAUGGAUCGCCAAGGACCAGGCAGAGGUAAUGGCGAUUUCUACAACUCGUUGCCCGGUCUCGGAGGAUACGAGGGCCAAAUGUAUCAGUCUCGUAACUCUGGUAAUCCCGGCAAUUCAUAUUAUUAGACGUGCAUCCCUGUAUUCCUUGGCUUAAAAUAGUGAUUUUACAAUUGGAUCUUUGUUCCUAUUUACUAAUUAAUGUAAAUUCUCAAUAAAUUAUUUAAAAAAAAAUA